GAAGCCCCCACAGCGUGGUGUUUGAUGGCAGCUAGCUUGCACCCCUCCCGUCUCCUGUGUCGACAGCAGGUCCUCCUCCAGCCUCUUUAAACUGCUUUCACCGCCACACUAACGACAUUUUGGGGGUUCGGUCUCAAGCUCUUCGUCCUCACACCCCUCAUAGCUCCCCGUGAGUUUCGGAGGAUAUUUCUUUUCUAACGUAGCGUUUGGAAUCGAAACCAAACACAGACGGAGCUGUGUUUUAGCCUACUUCAGUGGGCGGAUAAAGCGGAGGAGGGCAUCCGGGCCUGGCUGCUCCGGAGAGUUGGCUUGAAACCAGGCAAUUCACCAUUUUCAGGCCGUGCACUGCCCUGAUAUGGAGAAGAUGAAGAGGAUUAAGAAGCGCCUGUCGUUAACACUCCGCUCCAGUCAGACCAUCGACGAGUCGCUGUCUGAACUGGCCGAGCAGAUGACCAUCGAGGAUGGCGGCACCAAGGACAAUGAGCCCUUCAUGAGGAACGGCCGCCCCCCCACCUCCCACAGCAUGCACUCCUUCCUGCACCAGUACACCGGUUCCUUCAAGAAGCCUCCGCUCCGCCGGCCCCACAGCGUCAUCGGCGGCACCCUGGGGUCCUUCAUGGCAAUGCCACGCAGUGGUAGUCGUCUGGACAUUGUGCACGAGAACCUGAAGAUGGGGUCAGAUGGGGAAAGCGACCAGGCCUCAGGAACGUCUUCAGACGAGGUGCAAUCUCCGACUGGCGUCUGUCUGAGGAACCGCAUGCACCGGCGGAUCUCCAUGGAGGAUCUCAACAAGCGCCUGUCGCUGCCUGCUGACAUCCGGAUCCCCGAUGGUUACUUAGAGAAGCUGCAGCUCAGCAGCCCGCCCUUUGACCAGCCGCUCAGCCGACGCUCCCGCAGAGCCUCGCUGUCAGAGAUUGGUUUCGGCAAGUUGGAGACGUACAUUAAGCUGGACAAACUGGGAGAGGGAACCUACGCCACAGUAUUUAAAGGACGUAGUAAACUGACGGACAACCUGGUGGCACUGAAAGAGAUCCGGCUGGAGCACGAGGAGGGAGCGCCUUGCACCGCCAUCAGAGAAGUGUCGUUGCUGAAGGACCUCAAACACGCUAACAUCGUGACGCUUCAUGACAUCGUCCACACCGACAAGAGCCUCACGCUCGUCUUCGAGUACCUGGAUAAGGACCUGAAGCAGUACAUGGAUGACUGUGGUAACAUAAUGAGCAUGCACAAUGUGAAGAUCUUCCUGUUCCAGAUUUUGCGAGGACUGUCGUAUUGUCAUAAGAGGAAAGUUCUCCACAGGGACCUGAAGCCCCAAAACCUCCUUAUAAAUGAGAAUGGAGAACUUAAACUGGCUGACUUUGGUCUGGCGAGGGCCAAAUCUGUCCCGACUAAAACCUACUCCAACGAGGUGGUGACUCUUUGGUACCGGCCCCCAGAUGUCCUACUGGGAUCCUCUGAGUAUUCAACACAGAUCGACAUGUGGGGUGUUGGAUGUAUAUUCUAUGAGAUGGCUGCAGGUCGGCCGCUGUUCCCCGGCUCCACCGUGGAGGACGAGCUCCACCUCAUCUUCAGGUUACUGGGAACACCCACGGAGGAGAAGUGGCCGGGAAUCUCCUCCAUCGAAGAAUUUAAAUCCUACAACUUCCCCAAAUACAAACCACAGCCGUUAAUCAACCACGCUCCCAGGCUGGACAGCGAAGGCAUCGAGCUGCUGCUGGCUUUCCUCAGAUACGAAUCUAAGAAGAGGAAUUCAGCUGAAGAGGCUAUGAAACAUUCCUACUUCAGGCAGCUUGGGAUAAGAGUUCAGACGCUGCCCGAGAGUGCAUCGAUAUUCACAUUAAAAGAAGUGCAGCUGCAGAGGGACCCUGGCUACCGGAACUCCUCCUACUCAGAGUCAGGUAAUGGCAAGAUCAACAGGAGGCAGAGCAUGCUCUUUUAAUGGAGAGGAUGAAGAGAAA